AUGGUUCAGUCGUACUUGCGCCAUGGGCCGACACAGGCCUUUGGUAUAGUCUGCAGCUCAUCUGCAAACUCUCUUUACGAUGGGAAAUGCGCUUAUGUCCCUGCCCUCGAAGAUAUUCUUGUUUGGGAUGUGAAGAAGGGUCAGAUGCUAGCAAUGUGGCAUGAAACUGGUCAUCGCGCUGAAGUGACUGUUGUUUUGCGCUCGCCACAACAAGACACAUUUGCUGUCGGCUACGCAGACGGCUCUAUUUGUCUCUGGAGUGCAUCCACCAACUCUGUUCUCACUACUUUCAACGGGCAUAAGAAAGCGGUUACAGCUCUAGCCUUCGAUGACCGGGGUACGCGUCUAGCAUCGGGUUCACAAGACACGGACCUCAUUGUUUGGGACGUGGUGGGUGAGGCUGGUCUAUUCAGGCUUCGAGGGCAUCGAGACCAAAUCACAGCUCUUCGGUUUCUGACCGUACCUAAUGAUAACUCGCCCUCAACUUCAACUGCUCCCGCCUCAGGUCUUCUUCUCAGCGCCGCCAAAGACACAUUCUUGAAACUCUGGGAUUUGUCAACACAACAUUGCCUCCAAACCGUGGUCGCACAUCGCGCCGAGAUAUGGACAAUAGAUAUUCAUCCUCAACAGAACUUGCUCUUUACUGGGAGUAGCGAGGGAGAGCUGAAAGCAUGGAAGUUCGAUCAAGAGGCUUUCGCGGGAGGUUUGAAGGAAACAGAAACUGGAGAGAUUGCUAAAAUGAUUCAUCCUCUGGCAACGUUACCUUUGUCUUCAAAUCAUCGCGUCUCACAAGUUACAUUCCAUCCAACCUCACCGUAUCUCGCUGUCCAAUCCCAUGACCGAUCAGUCGAGAUUUUCCGCAUUCGCACUGAAGAGGAGGUCCAAAAGAAAAAGGCGCGGCGGCGAAAACGUGCGAAGGAAAAAAAGAAAGAAAAGGGUAUCGAAGAAGACGACGAAGACAUGGAAGGGGACGACAUCCAACUGGUCGAUCUCUUUACGCCCCACCUCGUUGUGCGUGCUAGUGGAAAAGUACGCUCUUUUGCAUUUGGACCAGAUGAUACUGGAUCCAAGGGCUCGCUUCAGCUUUUUGUUGCCCUCACUUCUAACGCAUUAGAAGUUUACACCAUACCACCCCCCCUAAAAUCCAAAGAAGCGCCUCCAGAAGCUACCCGACUCUAUUCCGUCGAUCUUCCUGGCCACCGAACUGAUGUUCGCUCGUUAUGUCUCAGCUCAGACGACCGACUUUUAGCGUCAGCGUCAAAUGGCUCUUUAAAAAUUUGGAAUGUUAAAACAACUGCAUGUCUUCGCACGAUCCCUUGUGGAUAUGCGAUCUGCAGUACUUUCCUUCCUGGCGAUCGGCAGGUUGCCGUUGGUACCAAAACGGGGGAAAUUCUAAUAUUCGAUUUGGCCUCAUCCUCGUUGAUCGAAACGAUCCAAGCUCAUACCAGCACUGUUUGGUCUCUACACGUACGUGCUGAUGACCAGACGCUGGUCAGUGGUAGCGCCGAUAAGGACGUCAAGUUCUGGGAAUUUGAAAGCCAAAAAACAGCCUCCGGCGAAACCAAUCUGCGUCAUUUAACCCUCGUUCAUAUUCGUACGCUGAAAAUGUCAGACGAAGUUCUUGCUGUCAAGUAUAGCCCCAAUGGCAAACUUCUCGCCGUGUCUCUAUUGGACUCGACAGUCAAAGUCUUCUACCAAGACACCCUGAAAUUCUUCCUUUCGUUAUACGGGCACAAGCUGCCCGUGCUGUCUAUGGACAUAUCUCAUGACUCGAAACUAAUAGUGACAUGUUCAGCAGAUAAAAAUGUCAAGAUUUGGGGGCUGGAUUUCGGUGACUGCCAUAAAUCCAUAUUUGCGCACGACGAGAGUGUCAUGCAAGUAGCUUUCGAACAAGAUUCACACUACUUCUGGACAGUUGGCAAGGACAAGUUGUUAAAAUAUUGGGACGGGGACAAGUUUGAGAACAUACAAAAGCUCGAUGGGCAUCACAGCGAGAUUUGGGCCCUCGCCGUAAGUAAUCGAGGCGACUUUGUUGUGACUGGAUCGCAUGACAAGUCGAUUCGUGUAUGGGAGAAGCUCGACGAACCUCUGUUUUUAGAGGAAGAACGUGAGCGGGAAAUUGAGAAGAUCUACGAAAGCGGCGUUGCGGAUGCGUUUAAUCAGGAGAACACUGGGAAAGAUGCAUCCGACGAGGCUGGUCAGACAAUUGAGGCCACUGGAGUCUCUAAGCAGACAACAGAAACGCUGAUGGCUGGCGAACGUAUUAUCGAGGCUCUUGAUUUGGCCGACAGUGAGAGGGCAAUAUUCCAAGAGUAUGAGGAUGCCAUGUCGCGCCUGCCACCAGGGGCCAUGCGCCUCGCUCCUCCACCUCGCAAUCCCGUAUUGGCUGCCUACGAAUUGGAGCCAGAGGCAUGGGUUUUACGUGUCGUUGAGCGCAUUCAAAGCACGGCUCUGCAAGAUGCCCUCUUGGUGCUUCCCUUUGGAAAAGUCGUUUCCCUCAUGUCUUACUUGAAUAUUUGGGCACAACGGGACUGGAACAUAACCCUCGUAUCUCGGGUCCUGUUCUUCCUCCUCAAGACCCACCACCAUCAAAUUGUCGCCAACCGGAUCAUGCGAACGUCCUUACUACCACUGAGAAAACAUCUUCGCAAUGCUCUCCAGCAUCAGAAAGGUAUCAUGGGGUACAACAUGGCCGCAUUACAACACAUUCGCCGCCGCAACGAGUCCGACAGGGUUGCUCAAUUUUUCGAGGAAGAAUUGGACGAGGGAACAGUUCGAGCUAAGAUCGCGGAGGUGAUAGUAGCUACAUGUCUAUGCGGUAUACAAAUCCAGGGUAUUGUUGACCAGCAACUUCAAACUUUAGGGCCCCACAGGUCCUCAAACCUGAUUCUUGGAUUAUCGAACCUGAAAGAUGCCACAUGGAAAUCAUACCAAUCAGCCGGAUGCGAGGCAGGACGGACUUGA